AUGGAGUGUCCCAAUCAAACAGCCCCAACUGUUUUUGUCCUCUCUGGGCUCCCAUACCCACAAGAGAUGAAGGUCCCUUUGUUCCUCUUCUUCUUGCUCAUAUUUAUAUUAACCCUCUCUGGAAACUCCUUGAUCCUCUGGGUGGUAGCAUCUAACCUCAAACUGCACAAGCCUAUGUACUGGUUCCUCUGCCAUUUGUCUAUCCUAGACAUGGCUUUCUCUUCUGUGGUUGUUCCCAAAGUGAUUGUGGGAUUUUUUCCUGGUGGAAAGAUAAUCUCUUUUGUGGGCUGUGUGACACAGUUAUUUUUCUUCCACUUUAUUGGAUGUGCAGAAAGUCUUCUGUACACCUUGAUGGCUUAUGACCGCUUCCUGGCUAUUUGCAAACCCCUCAGGUACAACACCAUCAUGAACUGGAAAGCCUGCCUUAUCCUCUCCUUGGGUACAGUGAUUGGAGGCUGCCUGAACUCAGCUAUGGAGACAACCCUCACCUUUUGCUUGCCUUAUGGUCAGAGAAACCAAGUUGACUACAUCUUCUGUGACAUUCCUGCUGUGCUGAAGCUGGCUUGUGCUGACACAACACUUAAUGAGAUGGUGGCCUUCGUUGACAUUGGCCUUGUGGCCAUGACCUGCUUCCUCCUUAUUCUGACCUCUUAUGUCUAUAUUGUCUCAGCCAUUUUGAGGAUCAACAGUACUGAAGGGCGUCGCCGGGCCUUCUCUACUUGCUCAGCCCAUGUAACUGUGGUGGGUAUAUAUUACCUCCCUGUAGUUUACCACUAUCUGAGGCCAACAUCUCAGGGCUCGAUGGAUGGUGUGGUCAGCAUGUUCUACACCACAAUCACCCCAUUUCUGAACCCUGUCAUAUACACACUUAGGAACAAGGAUAUGAAGACUGCUCUGGGGAAACUCUGGGGUAAGAAUGCAGAGUAA